AUGUUUCCUUCGCUUAUACACAAACCACCUAGUAUUUCGACAUUACCAAAGAUUAAUCUUAUCGAAUUGCCACCAUUAACACCAAAGAAGCAACCAUUAGAACAAUCAACAAAAGCAGUAUUAUCAAAUAUGUUACCACAAUCGGACUAUUUAACGAUCUACAAUGGCUUAACUUCUUUAUCAAAUCUUUGUAAACAAAUAUAUAACAAAGAACCAUAUUUUUGGUGGAUGUCUCCUGAUCCGUCAAACUUACCAAUCUACGAACAAAAACAAAUAGAUUUCAAAAAAUGUGUUGAUGAUAUUGAUAAUAUUGUGAUAAGUGAAGGCUUUUUUAAAUUCGAUCGUUUCGAUAUUUGGUCUCGAUUAAAACAUUUAGUUAUUGUUAAUCAUGGACAUUUUUCGCUACACGGUCGUCCUAUAUUGAAUAUUCGAGACGAUUAUGAAUUGCUUUCGCGAGCUCAAGCACAGGAAUUAGAAGAAUAUUAUCGUAUACAAACAGAACAAAUUCGAGAAGAAAUUAUUCAAGAAAAUGAACGUAAACGUUUAUUAGCUAGUGAAAAUGAUAAAACAAAAAUAAAUUUAAAAUCAUUAUCACUACGAAAUAGCAUCAAGGAUUAG